AACCCUGGAUAAAAACAAGCCGAUCAGCUGAUGUAAAAGCAACAACAUCUCCUCCUGGGCUCGGACACCGUCAGCUAACACUCUCGCCGAGGAAUUGUCCUGGAGUGUGUUGACAGUGGAGUCUCGUCCUCCAUGAUCAACCAUGAGUGGUCAAGGUCCAGCUGAAGAUAAAGGCAUGAGCACACCGCUAGUCUGCCAAGAGAGUUACGCCUGCGGCGGGUCGGACGAGGCCUACUUUGAAUGUGACGAGUGCAGCAGCCUUCAGUGCGCCCGCUGCGAGAUGGAGCUCCACCGGCAGGAGCGCAUGAGGAACCACGACCGGGUUCGCAUCACCCCGGGCCACAUCCCCUUCUGCGACUCAUGCAAAGGAGACGGCGGCGGCUCGGUCACGGCCAGGCAGCUUCGAGCGGCCGUGCGCUGCCAGGGAUGCAAGAUCAACCUGUGCUUGGACUGCCAGAAACGCACCCACAGCGGUGGAAACAAGAGGAAGCACCCGCUCACCUUGUACCCUCAAGCCAAAAGUCCCCAGGAGAACAGCGUCAGCGCCGGUGAGUCCGAGCUGGAGAUCCUGAAAGAUCAGCUGGACCAAGUGUGCAGCUUCCUGUUGGUGGACGAGAAAGAGGAAAUGCAGGUGAAGGACGAGGAGGAGUUUGUGAACAGACUGGGAUGCGACCCAGACGAGCUACUCAAGGUGGUCUCCAUUUUUGGGAACAUCGGCGAGGGGAAAUCGCACACGCUGAACCACACCUUCUUUCUCGGAAGACAAGUGUUCAAAACGUCCUCGACGCAGGAGUCCUGCACGGUGGGAGUGUGGGCCGCCAUGGACCCGCUGCACCACGUGGUCGUCAUUGACACGGAAGGACUGCUCGGCGCCGGGUCCAGCCAGGGUCAGCGAACCCGCCUCCUCCUCAAAGUCUUGGCCAUCUCGGAUCUCGUUAUUUACCGGACGCGUGCCGACCGUCUCCACGACGACCUCUUUAAGUUCCUGGGCGACGCCUCGGAGGCCUACUUGAAGCACUUUGCUCGUGAGCUGAAAGCGACCGCCACACGUUGCGGCCUGGACGUGGCGCUGUCCACCCUCGGCCCGGCCGUCAUCAUCUUCCACGAGACCGUGCACACCAAGCUGUUAGGAUCAGACAAACCAGCCGAGUCGGCGGAGCGCCUCCUCCAGGAGCGCUUCAGGAAGCUGGCUCUGUUCCCCGAGGCCUUCAGCUCCAUCCACUACCGCGGGACUCGUACCUACAACCCACCGACUGACUUCAGCGGCCUUCAGCGCAGCCUGGAGCAGCAGCUGGACAACAACGCCACCCGCUCGCCGCGCUCCGCCGGAGUCAUCUACAAAGCCCUGCGGGCACUGAGCGAGCGUUUCAGCGGCGAUAUUACCGAUGAACACAUGAGCAGUAACUCCUUCUUCCCUGAUGAGUACUUCACCUGCUCCUGCAUCUGCCUGAGUUGUGGGUCAGGCUGUAAGAGUAGCAUGAAUCACCUGAAGGAGGGAGCACAACACGAAGCCAAGCAGCGAUGCCGCUACUCGGCGCAAUACGACAACCGCAUCUACACGUGCAAGGCCUGCUACGAGGGAGGGAAGGAGGUGAUCGUGGUGCCCAAGACGACGGCCUCGUCCGACUCGCCGUGGUUUGGCUUGGCCGUCUACGCCUGGUCUGGAUAUGUCAUCGAGUGUCCCAACUGCGGAGUGAUUUACCGAAGCAGACAGUACUGGUACGGGAACCAGGACCCAGUGGAAACGGUGGUCAGAACCGAGAUCCAGCACAUCUGGCCGGGGUCCGACGGCUUCUUGAAAGACAACCACAACGCCGCCCAGAGGCUGCUGGACGGAGUCAAGUACAUCUCCCAGUCGGUGUCGGAGCUCAGCGUCAAGCCGGCCAAGGCGGUCACCUCCUGGCUCACCGACCAGAUUGCUCCCACCUACUGGACGCCCAACUCUCUUAUUCUGAAAUGCCACAAGUGCGCAGUGGACUUCCAAACCAAUGACACCAAGCACCACUGCCGAGCGUGCGGCGAGGGCUUCUGCGACGCCUGCUCCUCCAAAACCCGCCCGGUUCCCGAGAGAGGUUGGGGGCUGGCGCCCGUUCGCGUCUGCGACGCCUGCUUCCACAACAGAGGGAUCCCCACCGAGCUCCUGGAUGCAGCCUUGGAGGAGGAAGGCGGCACCCUGAUAGCCAGGAAGGUCGGGGAAGCCGUGCAGAACACCUUCGGUGCCGUCGUCGGCGCCAUCGACAUCCCUCUCGGCCUGGUGAAGGAAGCCGCACGUCCCGCCUACUGGGUCCCGGACCAGGACGUCCGCGCCUGCUGCGGCUGCCAGCGGGACUUUUUGGUCUCUCGCCUCUCCAUCCACCACUGCCGCGCCUGCGGUCAGGGCGUGUGCGAGGACUGCUCGCAGGAGCGGCGUGCCGUGCCCUCCCGGGGUUGGGAUCACCCCGUGAGGGUCUGCAGCGUCUGCACCCAGAAGUCCGGGGAACUCUAGCAGGAAUGAUUCGUCCACUUGGCUUUUUCUGGCGACAUUUCCUGUGGUCACAUCAAUGAAAGCUGAAUAUCACAAAGGAACUUGAGAAGAGAAUCAUGUUUUGGACAAUCUGUUCUCCAACAUCUAGAUUAUUAUCCUUUUCCUUAGAAGUAUUCCAGGGUCCGAGACUAUGAAUUAUGAAAACAAUUAGUGAUGGAACUCAGACUUUUGCACAGUAUUUUUUUUUGGGUUGGUAAGAAGAAUCCUGGUGCUUUUGCCUUUUUUUUUUUUUUUUUAAGAUAACCACAUGAUAUACUUCUAGAUGCAUUCCAAUAUAUACAGAAACAUGUAGUCCUAUCCACUCUAAUACCACAAGCCUUUCGAUGUUACUUUUAUAAAGGCGGACAUGAAUAGAAAAGCCUUAAUUGUGACAUAUUUCAAUU